AUGAUAGCAUACGAGAUUUCUUCGGGUUUCUACUUCUGUUUAUCCUUUCUUUUUAGAAAACCGCCUCACUCAAACGAUAACCAAGCUCCUGCGACAACUUCCAAAUCCCCCUCAACCACGUCGACAGCAACGACGUCGGUUGAGAAAGCGCGACAGAGGGAGGAGACACGACUCUUUAAUGAGUCCGUAGAUGCCCUGGCUGAACGCCUUCGUCCAGUCCUCGAGGCUGUGAAGGCGCACAAGUUUGCUGGCCCCUUUCUUGCUCCAGUCACUGCCUCUGAGGCUCCUGGGUACUUUAAUAUAAUCACAUUUCCCAUCGGUAAGUGGCUCUUUUUCAUGUUUAUCUCUUCGUUGCGUCAAAAUCCCUUUGCUUCCCGAUUUGAAAUUAAGCUUUUUUUAAUUGCUCAAGCUCUAAAGCUCAAUCUAACGGAGCUUAUGCACUUAGUGUAA